AUGCCCGGGUACCGGUUGUACAAGAGUUUGGUUGCCGGCGCAACCGGCCACGUCGGAGAGGCCCUAACGCGGCAGCUUUUGCUGUCGCCUUUGUGCGAGACGGUGCACACUUUGGUCCGCCGGAAGACCGGCGCAUUUAAGGAGCUUUCAGCUGCAGCCAAGCUCCACCAGCACAUCGCAGACUUCCGCAAUGAUGACUGCGGAGUAGAAGCUUCCGCCCUUGAUGGCGUUGAUGCAGCUUUCUGCGUGCUGGGUGCUCGUUCCGGCUGGUCCGAUGCGGCAGAUGUGGCCGCUGUGGAGCGCGAUGCUGUGAUCAAUUUUGCGAGGCUCUGCGAAGCCCGGGGAGUUCCUCACUUCUCGCUGCUCAGCUCUGUUUGGGCGGACCCGAAGAGCAACUUCGCCUUUGGCCGGCUACAAGGAGAGGCGCUGGAGGCGGUUGCAAAGAUGGACGGCUUCAAGAGAGUAUCCAUCUUCCGGCCCUCGGCAGCAACAGGGCCCGACGGCCAGCUGGAAAGCUCGAGGGGACCUUUUUUGGGUGGGCUCCUGUGGCGAUCUUUGCCCGUGGCCUCCCAGUUCAUGCACAACCGCUAUCGCCCGAUGGCUCUAGAAGAGAUCGUCCUGGCCAUGCGCUUGAAUGUCGAGCUCUGCGACGCUUCGGAAAAAGUGGAGAAGCUGGAGUACAGGGACAUGAUGAUGAUCAUCGGCAAGGACAGCGACCUCUGA